AUGGCACCUUCAGCUAUUUCCAAUAGUCCUCCUCCCUCAAAUGCCGUUGAGGAAUCUUCAGUAGCAAGCUACCGUGGCUACGACCAUGUCCACUGGUACGUUGGUAACGCCAAGCAAGCCGCAAGCUACUACAUCACUCGCAUGGGCUUCAAGCGUAUUGCCUACAAGGGACUUGAGACUGGCAGCCGCAACAUCUGCUCCCAUGUCAUCCGCAACGGCGAUAUCACCUUCAUCCUCACCUCCCCUCUGCGCUCCCUUGACCAACUCGACCGCUUCAACCCUGAAGAGCAAGCCGAGCUAAAGGAGAUCCAUGACCAUCUCGAGAAGCACGGUGAUGCAGUCAAGGAUGUUGCCUUUGAAGUUGACAACGUUGAUGCUGUCUUCUUCGCUGCCGUGAAGAAUGGCGCUAAGGCUGUCCUUAACCCUAAGACCCUUGAAGAUAAGCUUGGCCAUGUCAAGACUGCCACUAUUCAGACUUAUGGGCAAACCACCCAUACCCUUAUUGAGCGCAGCGAGUACCGUGGCGUCUUUAUGCCAGGCUACCGUUCUGAGACUGGUAAUGAAGAUCCAAUCGCACAGUUCUUGCCUGGUGUUCAUCUGAAGCGUAUCGAUCACUGUGUUGGAAACCAGGACUGGGAUGAGAUGGACAAGAUCUGUGAAUACUACGAGAAAGCUCUUGGCUUCCACCGUUUCUGGUCCGUCGAUGAUAACGAAAUCUGCACUGAAUUCUCAGCUUUAAGCAGUGUCGUUAUGGCCUCACCUAACGAAAUCGUCAAGAUGCCCAUCAACGAACCAGCAAAGGGCAAGAAGCAAUCCCAGAUUGAGGAAUACGUGGACUUCUACAAUGGUGCCGGUGUACAGCAUAUUGCACUCCACACUGACGAUAUUAUCCGUGAUAUCACCAAUCUCAAGGCACGUGGUGUUGAGUUCAUCAAGGUCCCCGAGACAUAUUACACCGAUAUGCAGGUCCGCUUGAAGCAGUCUGGCUUGGUGCUUGAGGAAAGCUUUGAGACGAUCCGCAGCCUGGAUAUUUUGAUUGAUUUCGAUGAGGGUGGCUAUCUGCUACAGCUUUUCACCAAGCACAUGAUGGACCGACCUACUGUGUUCAUUGAGAUUAUCCAGCGCCAUAACUUCGAAGGCUUCGGAGCUGGUAAUUUCAAGUCACUAUUCGAGGCUAUCGAACGAGAGCAGGAACUUCGUGGUAACUUGGUUUAA